UUUGUAUUCACAGAUUUAAUAACAGUGUUAACCAUGAGGGCAGUUUUAGUCCUUGCUCUAGGAUUUCACUAUACAUAUCUCAUAUUAGCAUUAAAAAAUAAUUCCUCGUCAGUAAUAAUAGUUGGAGCUGGUCCUGCAGGAAUUGCAGCAGCCACAAAAUUGCUGUCUAAUGGUUUUCACAAUAUUUUAAUUUUGGAAGCAGAACCCAGGAUUGGAGGGAGAAUAAACAGUGUAAAAUUUUUUGACGCCUAUGUUGAUUUAGGAGCACGAUGGUGUCAUGGACAGGUAAACAACAUAGUGUAUGAUAUGGUGAAGGAUAUGAAUUUGUUAGGGCGCAACGAAUUUUCUAAGAAAUUGUAUCAUUCUUCAAGAAAAUUUGUAGAUCAGAAGUUUGUUGACGAUUUUUUUAAAAUCGUAGAAGAUAUUUAUGAAGGGCAUGACGAUAAGAAGAUAAAUUACACGAACCUUGGGGAGUACUGCGAAGAAGAGUAUAUCAAGAUAGUCAAUGAGAAAUUCGGAAACGACCCAACCAAGCAUGAACUUGCUCUGUCCAUGGUCCAUUUUUUUGAAUUCUACGUUUUAGGAGGAGAGGGAUCGUUUUCUUGGCAUGACAUUGCAGCUGUUGCAGAUUACCAGGAAUGUGAGGGGGAGAAGCUCCAAAAUUGGUAUGGCAAAGGGUAUAAGACCUUUUUAGACGUUCUAAUGAAAAAAUAUCCUAACCCAAAAAAACAGUUACCUGUAGAUGACAAGAUUCUUCUCAAUAAGGACGUGUCAAAGAUUCAAUGGAACCAAAGUGCUAUGAAUAAAUCUGUUAAGCUCUGGUGCUCAGAUGGUUCCACCUAUGAGGCAGAUAGCGUAAUUUUUACACCAUCUGUUGGGGUACUGAAAGAGAGAGCCGAGGAAAUAUUCACACCUAGACUGCCACAGAUAAAGUUGGAUGCCAUAAGGAAUAUUGGAUUUGGCGCGGUAAUGAAGGUGUACAUGCACUUUCCGCAUAUUUGGUGGGGGAAUUUAACUGGUUUCAAUUUACUUUGGAGUGAAGAAGAUAGUAAAGCGGCCGUUCAGGAGUUUCUUGAGGGACCAAACUGGAAAGGAAGAUCAUGGAUCUCAUAUAUGAGCCACGUUCUAGAAGCAGACCAGAAUCCUCACGUUCUCGUAGCAUGGUUCACGGGACCGCUGAUACCAGCUAUAGAAAUAUUACCCAAUGAGGUUUUGAUAAACGGAAUAUACUUUUCGUUGGAGAAAUUUUUAGGUCACAUUUACAGAGUCACUAAACCAGAUAGUAUUAUACCGUCCAAAUGGUAUACCAACCCCCAUUUUCGGGGGACCUACUCCUUCCAAACACCAGAAGCACAUAGAACUUCUGCAGAAAGUAUUUUAGCUCAACCCUUGAAUAACUACGACAAUUCACCGAUACUUAUGUUCGCUGGCGAGGCUACAAACCCCACACAUUAUGGAACAGUACAGGGAGCAGUAGAAACCGGUUACAGAGAAGCAAACAGAAUACUGAAGAUACCAUUUUGUUACCCCAUACCUAUUAAGUAAAAACUAUGUUAUUGUGUCUAGCUGUAUUACUGUAUUGGUUUUGAUCUAGUUCAAUA